AAGGAAAAGAACAAACAAGCAAUUAACUAGAAAUGUACGGAAGAGUCUUCCUCUCAGCUUUACUUUUAGAAGUAACUACAGCUGGACUGACACUCAACUCAGGAGACAAUCACAUCAAUACUAUAUCUUACAUGGGAAUUGGAGCAAUUGUUAUCUUAAGUUUCACAAUUAUAGUUGGUCUGAUGGCAAUCUUCAUGGCAUUAAAGUACAGCGGAUUCAAAUGCAGUAGAGUCUCUUGCUGCUGCAGUAGGAGUGAGCUUCAGAAUCACAUGCAAAUGAGAAACAGUCAUAGUGUUAAUGAAACUCUGAUCCUGGAAAAUAUGGAUUAUAGCGCUGAAAGAAUCUAUGAUGAAUGCAAAGUGUCUGCAAAUGCCAUUUACAACGAAGUAGAUGGAAUUAUUGAUAAAAAUCCUCAGCCUUACAUGUGUCCUGUAAUUAUGUUUAAACCAAAAGACCAGCCUGAAGCUGAGAGUAUUGACGAGCCCAAAGAAAGCACCCAAGGAAGCAUACAAAAUGAUGAAGAUCAAGACAAAGAUGGUGACAGUGAAGAUGCAUACAUAUAAGAUUUUUAACACUCUUAAUUUUAUGAGAAUAAUUUUUACUACUAUUGCAAAAAUGAAAAAUUAAGCUGUCUCAAAA